UAAGUUUUUAACCGUCGUCCACUCGUCCGAUCAUAGACAAGCUUCCUGCUCCGGGAAUCCGGAAAUCGUUUUUAUUUUUCUGCCAUUUUUAGUUUACAGAAAAUGUUUAAAAUAAUUUAACUGUUUAAUACUAAUAAUUAUAAAUACAAUAUAAUUAUAUAAUUAUAAUAAAUUAUGAAGUACAUUUAAUAAUAAAAACAAACACAUUCUGAAACAGAAUCAUGGCAAAUCAACUUCAAGGAUUGGAUUCCAUGAAUAAAAAGAUUAUUUUACAAAUAAACUCAGCCUAUGGAUUUGGUUUGGUCAAAGGAUCUAUUGUAAUUUAUGCAACGUUGAAGGACCAAACAUUACAAACAGCCAUAAUUCCAGUCAAUAAAAAUGAAUUAAAAUUUACUUCAGAUAUUAUAUGGUACAUGGAUAAUGCUACAUUAAAAAAAUUAAAAAUGUCUAAUACAUCUAUAAGAGUUGAGUGCUUUCGUAUUCCAAUCGACAAAUCUAGUUCAAAUGAAAAGCUUGGUUACCUUUUAUUAAAAGUGAAAGGUGCACAAACUUUUAAUCCAACAUCCAAUGAUCGAAUCGAAAAUGUAUCGUACAAAUUAAUAGGAUCAAAAAACUGUAGUUAUGAUCUUAAUUUAUCAUUACGAAUUGAAGAUGUAAAUGAUAAAACACUUGGAAAAUCACCUGAAAAAAUUAAAUACUCAAAGUUGACAAAUAAUAAAAAUAAAAAUGAUGAAAAUGGUUUGAAAAAAAUAAAAGACAACAACAAACAUUUCGAAGAAAGCAUUGAAGGAGAUUUACCAAAUUCUGAUGUUAAUAAUAUUAUGUCAGAACAAAUUGACGUUUCACCGGAAAGACAUGAACACCAAGAUGAAUUACAUUUUGAUGUUCAACAAACAACAAUUGAAGAAUUAGAAGAAUGGAAAGACAAACAAAUGAUAUUGUUUAAUGAAAAGAUGAAAACAAAAGAACAACAACUGUUAAAAGAAUUUAACGAAAAAUGGUUGAAUGAUAGAAAACACAUUGAAGACGAACUUACCUAUGCUAUGUCAAAAUGUAAAGCAUUAGCUAAGGAUUUGGAUGAAAUGUCUGAUAAGUUAAAAGAAAGAGAUGCAAUUGUAACAGCUAAAGAACUAGAAUUAGCCUGUCAAAAAAAAAAUAUGGAUAGGAACUAUAUUGUACUAAUGUCUUCCAAUGGACAAACAAAUAACGAGCUGAGUAAAAAAAUUUUUGAAUUGGAAAAAAAAUUACAUGGAUCAGAAAAUAUUAAUAUGUUACUAAGAAAAGAAAAUGAAAAACUGAAGUAUAAUAGCAAUUGUGGUUUGCAUGUACAAGAAUUAGAAAAUAAAGUUUCAAAUUUGGAGAGUAAACUUGAAGACGCUAAUAAGUCUUGUAUGUUCUUCAAAGAGCGAUGGAUAACAUCUGUGAGAAAAAUAAAUCAAAUGUAUACCAAAUUUCAUGGAACUAAAACUGAUGAUCAUGUACUUAACAAUAAACAAAAUAUUCAAAACAUAUUAACUAACCAAUUAGUAGAACGACAACACGAUGAAGAAAAAUUAAGAACACUGUUAAAUGAUAUAGGUAAAUUACGGCACGAUAUGACCAAUACUAAUUAUUUGGACUUAUAUGAAAAUUAGAAUUAUGUAAAUAAGUAAAUAAUUGUGUAAUGAUUGUAUUAUAUCUUAAUAGAUAAGUAAAAUACAUUUUUUAAAUUAUUUUUUAU